AUGGAGGCUGAAACUGCAAUCACAUUCACGGACUCUAUGGACUUCAAGGUAAAAGAGCUUUUAAAGGAGGUCCAUCUCAACCAAACUCCAACUAUCACUAAGCUCGUGGACGGCACAGUUUCUGCCAUUAAGAAAGUCAUUAAAAAAAUCCCCGACGACUUGCAGGUUACUGCGGAUUUAGCUCCGGGUUUUGUGAGAGACAUUGGUGCAGACAAAGUGGACUUCAAGUUUAAGAAGCCAAAAUCUAUUAAGAUUGGUGGUAGUUAUUCCAUGAAUUGCGUGGUUAAGCCUGACGUGAAUGUGGAUAUUUUUGUUCACCUGCCAAAGGAGUGUUUUCAUGAGAAAGACUAUUUAAAUCACCGGUAUCAUGCCAAAAGAUGCCUUUACCUCUGUGUAAUUAAGAAGCAUUUGAAAUCCUCCCCAUCAUUUGAUAAAGUUGAAUGGUCUGUCCUGCAGAAUGAGGCCCGAAAGCCUGUAUUGGUUGUCCAUCCAGCUGUGAAGCCUGUUGAGGCUCCUGGAAUUUAUGUACGGAUAAUUCCUACAGCAACAUCCCUGUUUAGUAGUUCAAAGUUGAGCUUGAACCGGAACAAUGUCCGUGCUGUUAACCAAGAUGGUGUUCCUCAGCCUACGCCCAAAUACAACAGUAGUAUAUUGGAAGACAUGUUUCUGGAGGAUAAUGCAGAAUUUGUCAAUAAAACAUUAAGUAGAUGGAAGGAAUUGGGAGAGGCUUUAAUAUUGCUGAAGGUCUGGGCUCGGCAGAGAAGUUCAAUACAUGUUCACGAUUGCAUAAAUGGAUAUCUAAUGUCUAUCUUAUUGUCAUACCUUGUGAGCCAUGACAAGAUUAACAAUUCUAUGAAGGCAAUGCAGAUACUUCGCAUUGCAUUAGACUUCAUUGCCACCUCAAAAUUGUGGAACCGUGGGCUUUACUUUCCACCACAAGCCCAGAGCAAAGUUUCAAAGGAGGAAAAGAUGCAAUAUAGAGAAAUUUUUCCAGUAGUGAUAUGCGAUCCAUCCACUCAGAUCAAUUUGGCUUUUAGGAUGACAAGUGUUGGUUUCUCUGAGCUCCAAGAUGAGGCUGCUUUGACACUUCAAUGCAUAGACCGAUGCAGAGAUGGUGGAUUUGAGGAGAUGUUUCUGACCAAGAUUGACUAUCCUGCUAAAUUUGAUUACUGUGUUAGAUUGAAUUUGAAGGGACGUACGGAGGUUCAUGCGUUGGGAUUUUGCUUGGAUGAUGAAUGUUGGAGAUCUUAUGAGCAGAAGGUGCAUAGCCUGCUGAAUCAAGGAUUGGGUGAUAGAGUAAAGUUUAUUCGUGUUACUUGGAGAAAUGCUCUUUCUGAGUGCAUUAUUGAAAAUGGUUUAUCCAUACUUGACAAAGAGCCCCUGCUUAUCGGCAUCUCAUUGAGCACUCCUGAGAAAGUUUUUAGGGUAGUUGACAUUGGUCCAAAUGCUGAAAAUAAAGAGGAGGCUCUCAGGUUUCGAAGGUUUUGGGGGGAGAAGGCGGAGCUUCGGAGGUACAAAGAUGGUACUAUUGCAGAAAGCACAGUAUGGGAAAGUGAGCAGUGGACAAGACAUCUCAUUUUGAAAAGAAUUAUUGAGUAUGUUUUUCAGCGACAUCUUUCUCUACCAAAAGAAAAUAUAGUGCAAAUAGUUGAUCAACUGGAUUUCUCUCUUCUUCAUGGUUCUAAAGAUCCUGUAUCACUUUCGGGAGGUUUACUUGAGGCAUUUGAAGUCUUAUCAAAGCGCUUGCGUCUUAUUGAAGAUAUCCCCUUGAAGAUUUCUAGCGUGCAACCUUUAGACUCGGCAUUCAGAUUUACAUCUGUGUUUCCUCCUGAACCUCAUCCACUGGCUAAUGAAAAACUUAAUGUUUCAAGAAUACAAAAGCUUACCCCAUCUUGCAUUCAGCCGCUGGAAGUUAUGAUUCAGUUGGAAGGUUCUGGGAAUUGGCCAAUGGACCAUGUCGCAAUAGAAAAAACUAAAUCAGCUUUCCUUAUUCAAAUUGGAGAGAGUCUCCAUAACAGAUGGCGGAUGACAUGUACAGCUACUGAGGAUGAUGUUGAUGUUCUGAUGUCUGGAUAUUCAUUCCGUCUGAAAAUUUUGCAUGAAAGAGGGCUGAGUUUGGUGAAAAGGGAAAUUGGAAAUCAAGCAAAGCAGAUUUAUUCUACAGAUAGGGUUCUUUUUAUUCGUGGUCAACAUGCAAGCAUGAUCAAUGGAUUACAGGGUCGUUACCCAGUCUAUGGCCCAGUUGUUAGGCUUGCAAAACGAUGGGUGGCUUCACAUCUUUUUUCUGCAUGCUUGAUGGAGGAGGCUGUUGAACUAUUGGUUGCAUAUCUUUUUUUGAAGCAUUUACCAUUUAAUGUUCCAUGCUCGCGGGUCACUGGAUUUUUAAGAAGUGGUCGGAGUAGAGUGGCAAUGGGACCGGUAUUUCAAGGUUAUGCGGAUUUAGCUCCGGGUUUUGUGAGAGACAUUGGUGCAGACAAAGUGGACUUCAAGUUUAAGAAGCCAAAAUCUAUUAAGAUUGGUGUAGUUAUUCCAUGA